AGAUUUCUGAACUCGGUGCGAAGUUGCUGUUCGAUUCUCCGAUGGCGGGGAAGGAGAAUCUGAAGAUCAUUACAGACAAGAACCAGAUGCGGACAUGGACGAGGGCCAUGAGAUCGCAGGGCAAAACCAUCGCCCUCGUUCCCACCAUGGGAUUCCUCCACGACGGCCAUCUCUCCCUAAUCGAAGAAGCUCACAAGCACACACACCUCGUCGUGGUCUCAAUCUACGUUAACCCUAGCCAAUUCGCCCCUUCCGAGGAUCUCUCGACCUAUCCUUCUGAUUUCGACGGCGACAUUCGGAAGCUCAUGGCUGUUCCUGGAGGUGUUGAUGCGGUUUUUCAUCCUUACAAUCUCUACGAUUAUGGAGUAGAAUCAGCUCGUUGCGGAAAUGGCGUCGUAUCUAAUGGAACGGCGGUGGUUUCUUGCUUGGAGGAGUCUGGAUCAGGGCAUGAGACAUGGGUGAGAGUCGAGCGUUUGGAGAAGGGGAUGUGUGGGGUAAGAAGGCCUGUUUUCUUCAGAGGAGUUGCUACCAUUGUUGCCAAGUUGUUCAAUAUUGUGGAGCCUGAUGUUGCUGUGUUUGGGAAGAAGGAUUAUCAGCAAUGGCGGAUUAUCAGGCGGAUGGUUCGAGAUCUUGAUUUUUCUAUAAACAUUGUGGGGUCUGAAAUCAUGCGCGAUGUCGAUGGUCUUGCAAUGAGUUCGCGCAAUGUCGGGCUCUCACUUGAAGAAAGACAAAAGGCAUUGUCUAUAAACAGGUCAUUGUCAAAAGCAAAAUCAGCAGCAGAAAGAGGUGAACUUAAUUGCAAAAGCUUAAAGAGCUUGGUUGUCGAUGAAAUACGGGAAGCCGGUGGAGAACUUGAUUACGUUGAGAUUGUGGAACAAGAGAGUUUGGAAGUGGUGGAGCAGAUCAAGAGUCCAGUUGUGAUCUUGAUAGCUGCCUGGUUUGGCAAAGUAAGGCUCAUAGACAACAUUGAAAUAAGCAUUUGAAUAUUUAGUUACUUCUCCUUCCUUCCUUCUGAUCAUCUUUUUGUACUUAUUUUAGUGUUUCCGAGCUACGAGGCUUACACGUAUACGCUUAGUGUGUUUGAAUAAAUAGGUCGAGGUUUAGGUAAAGCGGCCCAUAUUUCAUGUUUGUUCGGGUAAGACUGAUAGCAUAAGAACUUUAAACCACUUAAAUAGUCCAAACUCAAGGCUCCCCAAUGGAGAGCAAAAGAAUAAAGAAAAGUCUCAUACUUUAUGUCGAA